UCGAAAAUUCCCGUUUCCCCCAAAUCCCCCCUCUUUACCCCACCUCCCGUCGCGAGAUCCUGCGCGCAGCGAAGCCGACGCGAUGCCGCCGAGGAGGAAGCGGCGGGCGCCCCCCGCCAAGGCCCAGCCACAGCUGCCGGAGCCUUCAGUCGCCGACGCGCCGUUUCCGGAGCGUCUGAAACAGCUCAGCGAGCAAGAAAGUGAACGUCGGAUUGCUGCCGUGAGAGCUAUCGCAGAAGCAGAGGACGAAAGCAUACGUUCUCGGUUGCAAUUGUUGCAGUCCUACCUGUCCAAGGAGCAACUAGAUGCAAAUGCCUUGGAAUAUUUUCGGGAGAGCUUGCCCAACCUAUCAGCUGUCUAUAUUGAAAAGCACGAUGAGAUUGAGCUGAAAUGGAAUGACGGCGACAAAUGUAUAAUUGGAGACCUUGUAGAUGACAAGAUUUUGCGAGCUUCGAUUGCAUCGUUGCCAACUGUCGGUGGCCUUCAAUUCCCAGGGGAUUCAGUUGAGAAGAGCCUCUAUGGGCGCAAUAGUUUUGGUUUCAGUGAUUUUGCUUGGAGUGAGCUACCAGCAGGUCAAAUGGCUGGAGCAUCAGAUGCUUUUCAGACACCUGGGGCUGUGAGUAGCCGACUCUCCUUCGGCAUGACACCCAAAACUGUAAGGUUACCCAAGAAUGGUGAGAUGCUCUUAUCUGUUCAUGGCUCACCUCUUGGGGUCUACAAAGAAGAAAAUUUAGCAGCUAUUCAGGAAUCUGGUAAAGGAAGUGAAGAUGCUCCCUGCUAAUGCACUAGAUAUAUCUAGAUGGUGCAAGCCCUCGAGUUCUUGACAAAAUCCCGCUGGGACUGAGAUACUGCCAACCGGUGGCUAGUCCAACGGUAUGGCACCCAUUUCUUAUGGACUGUGGCUAACAAUCAUGAUUCAAGUAUCCCAUGAUCGCUUGGUUGAUGAAUCUGAAGUAUGCACUAGAUAACCAAUGGCAGGAACUGAUCUGAGGUCCAAUCCUGUUCGGUGUAUUGGCACCCUAGUUCGCAAUGUACCAUGACUUCAAUGUAUUUAGGUCAUCCUUUGUGUAAUUGGAUGAACUAUAUUGUAGGAUGCCGACUUCAUUCACCAAAUUUGUUGCAUCAAGUACUAAUAACAGUGUUGUCGCUAGCUUUGCUGCGAAGUCGUCUGCAAAAUCAGUUGAAGCUCUUGUGCUGCCCUUGUUUGUUCAGUCAAAAGUGUAUGGCCUAUGAACGGAGGAAAAAGUUAUGUGCUGCCUUCCACGCAACUCCACUCCAUUCCGCCCCCUCUGUUUCCCAGCUUGUCUGAAAUGAAUCUGAAUGUUCUAUUGCGUUCCGUUACUUAGAU